GCUAGUUUUGGACACCGUUAAAUAUGAAAGGAAAGAAAUGUUCGACCACCUGCUCCUCUUCGCAACUCCCGCUCAACUCUCCUGUGCUUUAAAAUCUUUGGACCUCGAUGAAUGGUUAGACCCACAUUUUCUCUAUGGUUUAAUCAGAAACGGAGCCUCUUUGGCCGGUCUUCGCUUCGUGAACUUUCCAGGCUGUUAUGCCACACACAUCAAUAUUAUAAAAUUCUGCCUCGAUCAUGGAUUGGACCCAAACUUUAUCAAUGCAUCGGGUAAAACCCUUUUUUACCUUAUUUUGGAAGCAUUUCAUUUCACAAGCAAGGACGACGAUUCCUUGGACGAGAUGACAGCUAUGUUACUAUAUUAUGGCGCAGAUCCGUCACUAGAAAGAUGUAAUGAAUAUGUUUUACAUAAUGCCUUGGAUUUCGUUUUUGAGUACAGCUACGCUAAAGUGUCAGACUUCGUGUUCGAGCAGUUGUUUUUGUACACGUUUGAUGAUGCACACUUUUCCAAGGAGAUUAGUCUUCUGGCGUUCUUCAAACUUAUCAACAACCGACACUACAUAAAACCGUCUAAAAACAACAGCGACAUCAAAAUUCUUCUGAUCGACAGAUUAAUGGAUUUUGAUAUUAAAUUCGUGGAGUUUCGAUUUUUUCGAAGUUCUGGUGGAGCGAUGUCCACAGGCUGUUGGAUUGGCGCUGGAAACAGGAGAGAUGUUUGACUUCAUUUUUGAUCCCGUGUCUAAUUUUAUUAAAAGGAUGCAGUAUCUGAUGUAUUCGACGAACCAUUGCUACUUAUUUAAUUGUGUCGUAGAUUUUUGCAAAAAUGCGAACGGCAGCUUUGUUUGUGAAUUUGGAAGUUCGGAGCUAGAAGUAACAUGGUUAAUUUUGUUUAUGGUGGAAUAUGGUAUGCACUGUACGGAUGAAAUGUGCCACGUUAUCUACAGAAGAUUCGGCUAUUGUGUACUAUUUAGAACAUUACUUCACCUAGGCUUACAACAAGAAUCAAUUCCAUUUCAUCCUAUAAGUCACUGUUAUGAUAAAGUCAUAAUGGUCUCAUUCAUUAUUGACAUUGAUUUAUGCAUUGAAACUUUCGCCGCAUUACUUAAAAAAAACCUAUGGUUUCAACGAUAUAGAUUUCCGGAAUGGUUAGUAACACCGUGUGGUCGGUUACUCGCUGAUGGUGCAAUGUGCCUAUUAAAUUUUUUUGCCAACGCUGUAUUGACAAACGCCCUAUUGAGCACACCAAAAUUGCCACAAAUUGUUGCAAAGAAGAUUGCACUUCUACCAAAAGUGCCUUUGCUGCAACAGCUGGCUAGGGACGCUGCCAGAAAAUAUAUCAUUAACAGAUUUCAUGUGAUGACAAGCAAGGAAUUUUAUUCGUUGGUGAAUGCACUUCCUAUAGGUGUAGGCUAUAAAAAAAUCAUCACAUUUGAAAAACCUCUAUAUGAUGUGGAUGUGUCCAGUAAAGACAAUGACUGUGAAAGAGAGAAAAUUAUGAGGAGGAGGCAUAAUAGGAGUGACAGUGAAGGUGAUGAUCUUGAGUAUUGGGAUUUGUUUGAUGAUGUAAUAUAGGUAGCAUUUUAUAAAUUUAAAGCAAAAAUGGACAAUUAGAAGGUCACCACUUCUGUGAGCCUGUAUACCAUGUGUGUGUCCGCCGAUGACGAUGACAAUGACUGUGA